ACUCUCUCACACCUGGGAUUAUAGUGUAGUAUAUUGGUGGUAGUAUUCAGUUGGGUCUUUUUCUAUAGGAGACUGCCCUGUGGAACUGGUGCGAGGGUUUCAUAUCCGCUCCUCAAUAGAAGCGAGCGAAUCACCAUUCUGAUUUCAAUGAUAAUGAGUCGACAUCCGGAGGUUCUUUGGGCUCAGCGCUCUGACAAAGUUUACCUGACCAUUGCUUUACCUGAUGCAAAAAAUGUUUCUUUGAAAUGUGAGCCUCAGGGGUUAUUUAGUUUCUCUGCAAAGGGUGUCCAAGGCGAAUCAUUUGACUUUAGUCUGGAACUAUAUGGGAAAAUAGUACCUCAGAGCUGUAAAUCAAAUGUUGGGUUAAGGAACAUACUUUGUUCAAUCCAGAAGGACCAGAAGGGUUGGUGGAAAAGACUAUUGAAGUCAGAAGAAAAGCCUGCACCUUAUAUUAAGGUGGACUGGAACAAAUGGUGUGAUGAGGAUGACGAAGAGUCAACUAGCUCUGACCUUGCCUCUGAUAACGAUGUAGCGAAUACUGGUGAAGAUGAUGGGAGUAGUGAUGACGAAGGAAUGCUCUAUCUUCCCGACUUGGAGAAGGUCAGAGGAAACUAGCAGGAGAUUGAAUACUAACAAGUAAACACGAAAAUGUAGCCUCUGUGAAACCGAUUUACUUAAACUAGGUAUGCUUAGUUUCAGACAUUGUGGAGUCAUUGUCCUCAUCAUUACUGUACAUGGUAUAGCUUAGCUUUGAAUAUUUGGAGGUUCAGUUACCUUCUUGGCUGCCUAACACAAUCUCCGAUUAACUGAAUGUACUUUUGAGUAUGCUGGGGGCCAGUUAUUUGAAGUUUGAUAUGCUAUGAUGCAUAAUGGGCCUAGAAAUUACAAUAAGAAUUGUUUGGGUUGGUUUGAACUUUCUCAAUACUAUCCCCAUUUUGGUUUUGUAUGUA